AUGGCGGCGCGCGCCGCUGUCGCCGCAGCCGCCACGAGCCUACCCUCGACCUCGGUCCAGGGACACCACCCACAGCCACCCUCCGCAGCGACGACAACACCGCCCACGUUGACGAGACAAACCACGGCGGAAUCGGCUGAUGGCGUCUGGGGAGCGGCUGAUGACGGGGCCGAGAAAAGUGAACAGCUGGACAUGAGCCACUUGUUGCCAGCAUUGCCCUUUCGCGGCGAGGGAGAGGGCGAGCCAUGUCCGUUGGGCAAAUCGGUAGACGAAACCUGCCGCCGCGCACUCGACCACUUCCCCUGCCCCAAUGUCGCCUUUCCGACGCCAACGCUCGAGUUCGACUUUCGCGUUGCAGUCGCCCUGAAGAAUGAGCCGUCGCAGGUGCAAGGCCGCGCCCACAAGGAGAUCACGGCCGUCUCCUCCGGUUCCUGGUCCGGGUCCUUUGGUCACGGCAAGGUCAUGGCCGGAGGCUACGAUCUCGGCCAAGCCAGGGGCUUCCGUCCCAUCCGCAUCGUCGAGGGCGCCUUUAUCAUGCAGACGACAGACGAGCCACCAGCCACCCUGGAGAUGCGUACCCGUGGCUCCCUCUCGGGACCCUGUGACAUCCUCGACGCCCUGCUCAGCACGCGCUCGGCCAACACCAUUGACCCGCGCAAGUAUGGCUUCCGCAUGUUCCUCACCAUCAAGACUGCCGACAAGCGAUACGCCGAGAUUGUCAACUGCGGACUGUGGGUCGCCAGUGGCGUCUGGAAGGCGGAGGAACUGAUCAUCGACGCGUACCGCGUGGCGUGA